AUGCUGCCUAGGCCCUCUUGCAACCUGGACCACAAUCGAUUCAUCUUUCCCUCUGAUCCAGCCGGCUUAGAUUCAGAAGCAGCCAAUAGUUCAGGCGACGAAGCGCUUGCGCCAUACACUCUGCUCUCUGAUGAGCAAGAUUCUCCCCCAAACACGCCUGCUCCUGUCGCCUCUGCUGGAGCUCCCAAGUCGACCCUGAGUAAUAUUCGGCCGAUCUCAAACCCUCUCGCAAAUAAUUUUCUGAACAUACUCGAGCAGCCCUCAAGUAAAGAUCAAGAUAGUCAAAUUACCAGUGCUUUCGCCAUGGAUAAGCGAUUUGCUGACACCAACGAGCGGGCAGCAACACUUGAACAACAGGCAAGGCAAAUCUUGCGUAACAUAUCUUGGUCUGGGGGUGAAGAAUUUGUGAGAAUUCAAAAGCUUAAGGAUUGCAAUUUUAAAGUCAGCUCAUGGUGCGACACAUGA